AUGAUGAACAGCAACAAGGAUUAUCUCAGUGAGGGCUCCUCUAUCAGCUCGGUGUUGUCUGACUUGGUGAAUGAGAUGAGGGCACUCAAGAUCAGUUGUGUGGAACAGAAGGAAUUGAUUCAGCAACAGCAACACAUCAUUGCACAACAUAACCUGGUUAUACAACAACAAGGUGAUGGAGGAAAUGGCAAUCACUAUCAACAACGUAGCAACUUCCAGCAACAGCAGCAACCAAGACUAUUUAAUGAUUCAUGUUACAACUGUGGCGAGUAUGGGCAUAUUGCUCGAGUGUGUCCAGUUCCACCAAGAAAAAGACAGCAACCAGGUUUCCGUGGUAGUGGCAUUGCUGGUCCUAAUCAGCUGGGUAACACCAAUCAAACGGACAACAAUGAGGGAAACAAUGGUAACAAGGAGAAUUCGGGAAAAGAGUUGGGCCGUCAGUAG